UAAAUAUAUUACCAAGGUGAGCCAUAGAACUACAUCCAUCACCUGUUCAGAGAGAUCUUCUUGGUCGUGAUGCUGCUCAUUAUAAGUUCUCAUUAUUAUUAUCAUCUCCACAAAUUGUUUAUUAUUAUUGAGGACACAAACAGAUGGACAGACAUCUUGAUGUGUUCUAAGUUUAGAACAAUGAGCUCCCUCUUUGUUUGUAAUCUUUCAAACCUGCCUCCAGUGUUUCGUGGGAGAGCUAGCAGGUGUGGUGAGAUGCCCGCCCAUACGUCAGCCCGUACAACAUCCACCACCGACCAUCAUUUGCAUCGCUGUCAAGCCCUUGCUGGCUGUGGCUGCCAUACAGUCCACUCCCUUGACAGCAGACACUAUUUUACCCUCUUCGGAGUCAUCAGGUGUGAAUGGGUAGAAGAAGUAGUUCUGAGGACACCGUCUGUCUUAUUGCGUCUCCGCCGUUUGGGAGGAAAGUAGCCGCUGACUGAAAGGAGACUUACUGUGGAGACUAAUGUGGAAACAUGUGGAAACUGAAGUGGGGAUGUGUGGAGACAUGUUCUUGAGACUUCUGUAAGGAGGAUUUCACACUGAAGCAAAGAUGACGGUUCCCAAGAUCAAGGACUUCGUUGACAGCAACGCCAAAGAGUUUCUUUCUGUGUUUGAAGUCAUGGCUCACUUCUCGGACGUGUCGGAAGGCGUUCUGGACGUCGGAUCCAGCAGCAACGACACCAUCAACAGCACGACCACGCCUUUGAUGACGACGCUAGCGACGAACCCCGCCUGUCGCAAAAAUGAAGCUUUUAUGCAGGCUCUACCCUGGGUGCGCAUCACCUUCGGGGUGCUGAUGGUGCUGGAGAACACGCUCAGCCUGUGGGCGUUGUGGCACGUGCGACGUCUGCAGCGAGCCUUGCAGCGCUUCAUGAGCUCCUUGUCGGUCGGGGAACUGCUGACCGGAAUCUGGUGUUGCUAUGGUUAUGGCGCUGAGGUCAUCACGGGGUCAGCGGAAGUGACAUUCGAAUGCCGCAUGCGCUUCAUCGGGAUGACGUAUUUGAACUUUGCCUCCAUCCUCUCCAUCGCCGCCAUGUGCCUGGACCGAGCUCUGGCCUUGCAGUGUCCCCUCCGCUACGUGGAGCUGGUCACGCCACCCCGGGUGCGCCUGGUGCUUGCGGUGGUGUGGCUGCUGCCGCUGGCAGUGGUGCUGGCCGCGUAUGUGGACGUGGAGGGUUCCUCCCUGGACUGCGACUUCGUGCACAUCGCAUCUCCCCGCACCUACGUGGUGCUGACGGUUGUUGCGCUUCUUCUUCAUCGCUGUCAUCAUCUCCUCGCAGCUCUUCCUCUUCCGCGCGGCGCACUGCCACAUCACCAAGAUCUUCCCCACGCUCAUCAACUCGCACGUGUCCACUCGCUACUUGCGCAUGAACGUGCGCGCGGCGGUGACGACAGCGGUAGUGGUCAUCCCCUUCUUGCUGCUGUACUCGCCCGUGGUGGGGGUGCAGGCGUCUGGCCGCCAUCCCCGGCGAUGAGGAGUGCAUGAGUCAGGUGCUGGCCGCCACCUGGCUCUUCGCCUCCGCCCACGGCCUCUUCACACCUGUCAUCUUCUGCUGGCGCUUCAAAGAGAUCCGCGCCAACCUUCUCCGCCUCUUCUGCCGCUGCCGGCAGCCGGGACCGGAAGUCAACAUCUACAACGUGCGCUCGAGCGUGUCGGCAGCGACUGGGAACCUGCUGUAGGCAUGCGCACAGCUUAGUUUCCGCUGACCUCUCUGUUGAACGGGAGGUACAGACGUAAGAUAAGAACAUUACGAAAGAAACUUUGUUCAGACAUUUUCUUACCUUCUAGAGACUCGUUAGACACGAGACGGUUAGUAGGAGCGAGACAGAUGCAGUAAGUGUAAAACAACUGCCGUCCUGGCGUCAGACAAUGAUCCUUUCAGAUGUAAACAAUGAUCCUUUAAGAUGUAAACAAUGAUCCUUUCAGAUGUAAACAGUGAGAUUUUCAGGUGUAAACAGUGAGAUUUGUGUAACUUCUCGUAGCCAGGCACAUCCCGGCGCCCGCGGACCAAGACAAUGGCCUGGUCAGUGAGAAAGACAGCUUGAAGAGGUCUGUGAAAUACAGAUGAAAGAAGCAUCAUAAGAUAAUGAUACAGAUGAAACAUCAUCUCCGUAAUACAGACUCACCCUUCAUCGCAGCAAAUGUGUCACAAAACUAAUGACUGGGGUGGAGAGAGACUACAAGUAUUUAUUGAUAGAAGAUCUCGAUGAAGCUGACAGAAAAUGUGAGAAGGUGUGACAGACUGUGUGCUACACACUGUAAACUAACAGAAAACCGUUUACAACAGAAUAUUAUAUUACACAUCAGCUUUUACUGUCGUAAACUGUGUAUGUCUGGACAUGUGACUGUACCUACUGUGUAUAAAUUAACUGAUAGAAUAUCACCAACGGCAAGUCCUUAGGUAACUCAGAAAAUACGUGUUAAUUGUAGUGUAAAUCCACUGAGCAAGGCAUCGCUACCUGUCUUUCUGAUCUACCCUGCAAGAGCACCUGUCCACCCGGAUGUUUUUCAUUUUUUUUUUUCUUUGACGAAAUGUCAUUGUCGUUGUCGUCGUCUGUUUUACUUUUUGUAUUCGCUUUAGGAAUUUUUUGGAACUGUAUAUUUUAUAUGUAUCUGUUCCCCCUUCUUCCUUCUGUGCACUGAGUUUUGCUCAGCACACACUUGAUGUUGCUGUCUGUCACACAUCCUAACGGUGAAGCAGACGGGUGCUUGUCUCCCUUUAGGUUACAAAUGGACGCUCAUCAUUUCAGAGAAUCUUUGAUGUUGAGGUUUCUAGAAAACUUCUCGACAACCACAUUUAUUUUAUUUCAAUGUUUUUGUAUUCGUUUUUUUUUUUAUCCUUCUGAGAUAACCGUGAUGUGGUUUAUUAUUGCUUUAUUCCUUUUUAAUAUUGUGAAGCAAUCCUUUUGGUUGUCGUUACCAGCUGUCUAUCAAACCCUGAUAGACAGACAGUUGUGUCUAAUCUACUAAAUCAUGUUCCUCACUGCCAUCAACGAGAACCUGGGAAGUGAGCACGUGUUGUGUUUGUGGAUUGUCUGAACUUGUGAUAUUAGUAACGAACGUUUUGUGAUAUCAGAGUUAUCUGCCUUUUUGAAAAUUGUGGAUUACUUCCCCUUGUGAUGCUUGUUGACAGUGUGUUUUCCUAGACAGCAUGGCUUCACGAUACAUUCAUGUUGUAGCUGGCUAAGCAAGGAUAUAUGUCUCAGCAUGCAUAUCUGUCAUAAAAUAACAUAAUUGUUCUUUCAGGUCACACUAGCCUGGACAGACACGACCUGUACUGUCACAUAGUUAAUGACCCCUGACCCUUGCACUCCCACGUUACAUAGUACACUUCCAUGUUACAGACACACACUUUACCUGGGUAACGCCGACUGAAGAGCAAGAAAGACAUUUUCUCUCACUUAGCUGCAUGCUCCAGUCCACAAUCAUGUUCUCGCUCUGUUAAUAUUGUCUGAUGUAUUGUUGUUGUUGUUGUUGUUGUUGUUGUUGUUGUUGUUGUUGUUGUUGUGUGACUCUGGCUGUGAGUGGGGCGAGUGCUGAUUGUUCUGAUUAAAGAUUCAGAACCUUAUGAUGCUUUGUUACAGUUGUUGGAGGGAUGUGUAUGUCGAACAAACCGUGUGGCCGUCUGAUGAAGAACAAUUUCAAUUGUGAAAUAUUUCGGAAAUGCGGUUAAAAGCGUCAUAUGAUUGAGAACGCGCACACGCGCACCUGCAGGAAUAACGUACGUGCAGUCUGUGCGUGUGUACCUCGUUGUUUUAAUGGGAAAGCUGUUGACUUUAUUGGGAGCCCCCCUAGCAAUUUUUAUAUCUUAGAUUUUUUACCAUCUACUUUUAGCUCUUAUUUUAUCCCUUUCAUUCUAAUGUCUCUGAUACUCUGCAGUUCGUUUGGUAUUGUUUGAAGUUGAUUUAUAUUUUCUUCAGUUAGGUUUCCUUAAUUGAUACUGAUGUUCUGUUUCUUCAUCUUAAAAGAAGAAUAUGUUAUAGUACCAUCUCUAAACUGCUUUAGGAUUUAAAAAAAAAAAAAAAA